CCUCUACCACCUCUCAAGAACCCUAAAUAUCGACACAUCUCCCGUUCAGCCGCUAAACGAGAAUCCGUUCAGAUGCUCGGUUCCAUCAAAGAUCUCCAACUCCGUUUCUCUCAAGCUGGUUUAGUCGAACAUCGUCCCGGUUCUGGAGCUGGAGUGAAAGCAUCUUUGGGUAGUUUAGGAGAAGAUGAUGAAUUGGAAAAUCGACCUCCUCAAAUCACCCCUGCGAAAAAAGAUAGAAGACCUUGGAAAGAUGUCGAUUUACCACGUAUGGACCCUUUGGCUGCUCGUAAAGAAGCUCGAGGACUGGUAUGGCGUAUGAGAAUCAUGUGGGAUCUACCAUUACCUUCUCCAUCUCCUUCUCCUAUAUCCCCCAAUACACCGAUUACCCCAAAAAAAGCUAGAGAAAACAUGAGAGAUUUACUCAUCAAAACUGCUCAAGCUGUUCGACGAGUCAGAACGUUGACUUUAUCCAUCUCUCAUACUCAUCCAGGUGAAGGGGGUAGAAGAAUAUCAUCAUCAUUUCUACAUGCUCCUAGAUCUGCAAGUAAGAUCCGUACUUCCUUUUCCACUCCUUCUAGACCGAAUGCGUUGCCUAGAGCCGUCUCGACAGGACAACCAACGAAGAAGAGUAGUCUAGGUCCUGGAGAUGUGAUACAGGAUGAAGAUCCAUAUCUCGAACUGCGGAAAACGGCAUUAGAUGUUCUAGCUCAAUUGAGAGCAUUGGAAGAAAGGUUGAGAAUCAAAAACGAUACACCUCCUACUUCUCUUCGUCCGACCUCUGCAGCAUCGGGGACUUCUGGCGUCUUCUCGGAACCGGAGGGAUAUUACUUUGAUGAUGAAGAGGAAUACAAUUUGAACGCUUUGGCGAGAGAUGAAGAUAUCCGACAUUUGCUCACGUGGGAAGAGAGGAUAAUCGCCGAGCAGAGGGAAUAUAGACAGCUGGACGAGGAGGAAUGGGAGAGUGGAGGGAAAUUAGCAAGAGAAAGUGUGACAAAUUGGGUAACAGUGGUGGAGACACUUUUCGCGGUGGAAGGUGGGCAAAUGGUGGACAUACCUCCUUGGGCUUUGUCAACCUGGAAUGGGGAUGAUUUGAUACGAACACAUUCAUUCCUCAUGGCUCAUCUACCUCUGACAUUGUCUCUGUUGCUUCCUCCUACAUCUGCCUCGGAUUUCCGACGCACAUUCCUCCAAGCUUUAUCUGACGGAUACAUCCUUGUAAGAGCUUUCAAUGCAUGUCUUCUCUCAUCACGGAAAACAUGGGGGUUCAUCUCGGAGGAAGAUGUCCACGACACUAUCACCGGAACGGCAGGUACUACUUCACCUGACGAAGUUGAUGAAGGCAAGAAAGAUUGGACAUUCAGACGAGUCGGGAAUCUCACUUGUUGGGCUGCAGCUUUGAAAACGAGAUACAACAUCCCUAUCCAUCUACCAUCCUCUACCACCGCUUCUGCUUUCCUUCCAAAACCUACCAAACUUCUCACCGUCUCCUCUCCAAAUCCACAAAGACAAGUAUCUCCUCCGACCAUUCCCAGUCCACUCUCUAUUCCUCUCAAUAAGAAAUGGAAGAAAGACGAAUCAAUUUUAGAUUUUGACCCUCUUAUCGUCGCGCGAAGGGGUGAAGGUUGGGAAGACAUGUUAAUUGAAAUCAUGAAACGAUGGGUUGAUGCAGUAGCGGAGGAAAUU